CGGGUUUUCUUAUUUUGGGAGCAGUUGAUGGAAAUAGAACUGAAGAAAAUGCUGGACACAGUCCAAACCAUCCACGACGAGAUGUACUAUCUACGUGAAAGGGAGGAAGAGAUGCAACUGCUGAAUAAAUCUACAAACAGCAAGAUGUUCUGGUUUAGUUUUCUAUCGAUUCUUGUGUGCCUAUCUGUAACUGGAAUUCAGCUAUGGCAUUUGAAGUCUUUCUUCGAGAAGAAGAAGCUUAUUUAAUCUAAUGUGCCAUUUGAGUAAUUUAUUGGCGAUUCUGAGUACUGUACAAUACUUAGGGAAGAGAUGAAUUACAUUUUUUAUUUGAUAUUGUAACAGAACUGUAAUAAAUUUUAUUUUAUAGGGGUUUUAUUGAGCUGAGUGAAGACGAGAGAAUAGGGAUACUUGUUUUUCAAAGAACUUUUUUUUCCAUCUCAUUCCUACUUUACUAUAGAAAGAAAAAAGGCUGAUUUCUUA